GCCGCCGCCAAGUUGUUCAAAAAACCAAAACAAAACAAAGCAGCUAAUCACAGCAGACAAGCAGCAGCCGUUUACGAUCUCAAUUAGCCAACUUUUGCAGCGACAGCAGCAGCGAAAAUGCUGGCCACACAGCAGCAACAGCAGCAGCAGCCACCACAGCAACAUGCAGCAGCAACAGCAGCGGCAGCAGCAGCAUUGACGCUUGAGGAUGCGGUCAUGGAGCGACAACGUCGCGACUCCAGCACCUCAGAGUCAUCGCUGGAGCAUCUGGAUCUGGGCCGCACGCCAAAGAAGCUGAGCAGCAACAGCGGCGCGCUGCAGCCGACGUCGACGCCGAACGUUGAGGCGUCUUCGCGGAAGCGCAAGAUGCGACAGCAGCAGCAGCAGCAGACAUUCGUAUGCUCUGAUGAGGAGGACGAACAGCAGCAGCAGCAGCAGCAGCAACAGCAGCAGCAGCAACAGUUGCUGGAGCAGUCGGCGCAUCGCAUGCGCCACAAGCAGCGCCGCAGCGGCAAUGCAGCCGCGGCCGCUGCCAGCGCCAGCAUCGUCGUCGACUACAGCGUCGGCAGCGACGCCAGCUCGCUGCGCAAAAAGUUUCGCCUGAAUCGCAGCAGCAUCAGCGCCCACAACGGCGACCUGUCCGAGUCGGGCUUCGUCGAUGGCAGCGCGCACAGCGGCUAUUUGCUCAGCGCCAGCGCCGCAGCGCAGUCGGCAACGGCCGCGCAGCAGCAGCAGCAGCAGCAGCAACCGCAGCAGCAGCAGCCGGGCUCGGGCAGCAGCUCGGGCGGCUCCUCGCCGCAGGGCCUGUGCCAUUCGAGCGCCGAGUCCGGCAUCAGCGCCGGCGACGAGCACAUGAAAUAUGUCUGCCCCAUCUGCGAGGUCGUCUCGGCCACGCCCCACGAGUUCACCAAUCACAUUCGAUGCCACAACUAUGCCAACGGCGACACCGAGAACUUCACCUGCCGCAUCUGCUCCAAGGUACUCUCGUCAGCCUCCUCGCUGGACAGACACGUCCUGGUGCACACCGGGGAGCGGCCCUUCAACUGUCGCUACUGCCACUUGACCUUCACGACAAAUGGCAACAUGCAUCGCCACAUGCGAACACACAAGCAACAUCAGCAACAUCAGCAACAUCAGCAGCAGCAACAGCAGCAGCAGCAGCAGCAGCAGCAGCCACAGCAACAGCAGCAGCAACAGCAGCCACAGCAGCAGCAACAGUUGCAGCGACAUAAGCAACAUUCGGCAGCCAAUCAGCGUGCCGAGAGCUAUGAAAGCGAUGCCAGUUGCUCCACGGAUAUAUCCAGCAGCAGCAGCAGCGCAGCCAGCAACAACAACAACAACAACAACAACAACAGUAGCCAAGCGAACAACAACAACAACAAUGAGGAGCAGCGACUGAAGCUAAAGACAAACAUCAACAACAACAACAUCAUAGUCAGCGACGAGCGAGCGCUGGACACAGACGCCGAUGGCGAGGGGGAGAGGGAUGCGGAUGGGGAUGGGGAUGGGGAUGGAGAGGAGGCCGGCGAUGGGGAGAGCGUGGAUGUGACACAGAUGAUAACGAGCACACCGGACGUGGCCACAUUGCUGGCGACGUCGUCGGGCAACAGCAGCCCGAGGACGCUGGAGCCCGAGCUGGAGGCGCUGCCCAGCUGCCCUGCCUGCAAUGCCGGCGAGUUUCAGACGCUGGCCGCGCUGUACGCCCACUUGGAGGCGGAGCACGCCGAUAUACCCGCCAAGUGUCGCGAGUGCGAGGUGAUCUUUGCCACGCAGCGGCAGCUGCAGGCGCACAGCUGUCGGGGAUUGCAGUUGCCGCCGCUGCUGGGCGCCAGCUCGUCGCCGCUGCACAAGCAGGAGCCGGCUGAGGAGGAGGAGGAGGAGAUGCGGCUGCAGGCGAACAGCGAGCGGGACGAGUUCUUUCAGCAGCUCUACCUCAAGGGCAAGUCGAGCGGCUCCUCGCUGCCGUCGCCCAUCAAGCACGAGCCGUCGGAGCAGCGCCAGGACCUGGCCGACAUACAGAGCAUCCUGCACAUGACCAGCUCCAGCUGCACGUCCAGUUUCCUGCGCAACUUCGAGCAGAACGUCAACACGCCCUGCUCCAGCCAGUACAGUCUGGAUGGGCGCGACGGCGAGGAGGAGGCCCAGGACGCCUUCACCAGCGAGUUCCGGCGCAUGAAGCUGCGCGGCGAGUUCCCCUGCAAGCUCUGCUCCGCCGUCUUUCCCAAUCUGCGCGCCCUCAAGGGCCACAAUCGCGUCCACCUCGCAGCCGUCGGCGCCGCCGGCCCCUUCCGCUGCAACAUGUGCCCCUACGCCGUCUGCGACAAGGCGGCUCUGGUGCGGCACAUGCGCACCCACAACGGCGACCGGCCGUACGAGUGCGCCGUCUGCAACUACGCCUUCACCACGAAGGCCAACUGCGAGCGCCACCUGCGCAAUCGGCACGGCAAGACGAGCCGCGAGGAGGUGAAGCGCGCGAUCGUCUAUCACCCGGCCGAGGAUGCCAGCUGCGAGGACAUCAAGCCCAAGAUGGAUCCCGAUCUGUCGGAGCUCAGCUUUCGCUCGCUCAGUCCGUCGCCCUCGACGACCAAUGUGGAGGCGAGCUCCCAGCUGAAGCACAUGUUGCUGGCAGAGCAGCCCAGCAAGCAGCAGCAGCACCAGCAGCAGCAACAGCAGCAACAGCAACAGCAGCAGCAGCCGUCGCAGCCUCCGUUGAAGAUUCAAGUGAAGAGCUUGGAUCAGCUGGUGGAGAAGCCGCUGGCACCUGCCAUGGAUCUCAGCAUGGAUGUGCUGGAUCUCAGCAAGAAGCCGCAACGCGAACAUGACCUACUCGUGCAGCAGCAGCAGCAGCAGCAGCAGCAGCAACAGCAGCAGCAGCAACAGUUGCUCUUCAAUCCGGGCGAUGCAGCGACGCAGUAUAUGCAGCUGCUGCGCAACCUGAUGCUGCAGCAGUCGUCCGGGUUUCCGUUCUUUGGGCUGAUGGCGCCACCGCCGGCGGCUGCGCUGGAGAAGUCAGCGCCAGCGAUUGCAGUGCCAGCGACGCCGGCAACAGUUGCUGCCGUGCCGCAGCCUUUGGGCCUGCCCCUGCCCGGCAUGGGCGUGCCGGUGCCAGCGGCCGGGCCCGUCAAGAUGGUGAUCAAGAACGGCGUGCUGAUGCCCAAGCAGAAGCAGCGCCGCUACCGCACCGAGCGCCCCUUCGCCUGCGAGCACUGCUCGGCCAGGUUCACGCUGCGCUCCAACAUGGAGCGCCACGUCAAGCAGCAGCAUCCGCAGUUCUAUGCGCAGCGACAGCGCAGCGGCCACCACGUGAUGCGCGGCCGGGCGGCCAACUCGGGUGCGGCGCAGGCAGCGGCAGCCGCGGCAGCAGCGGCGGCGGCAGCAGCAGCAGCCGCAGCAGCCAUGACCAAUCUGCACCAGCAGCAGCAGCAACAGCAGCAGCAGCAGCAUCCGCCCAUAUCGGAGCAGGUGAAGUACGCGAUCUUGGCGCAGCAGUUGGCGCGCAAGGAUACGGACUUGCUGCAGCAGGCGCUGGCCCAUGGCUCCAGCAGCGUCGCCGUCAAUCCCUUGCUGCACUUUGGCUACAACAACAGCAGCAGCAGCAGCAAUGCCAAUGGCAGCAAUCAGGCGCAGCAGCAGCAACAGUUGCCCGUGGAUGAUGAUGAGCCGCCGAAGCUGAUCAUAGACGAGGACGAUGACGAUGAUUUCGAAGACAUAGACGAGGAGGAGGAGGAGGAGGAGGACGAAGAGCUAGACCAAGACGAACAGCAGCAGCAGCAGCAGCAGCAGCUGCAGCAGGAGCAGCAACACGAGCAGCAGCCACAGCGCGUGGAGCAAGUGCAGCCAAUCGAAAUUGAUGCCAAAGAGGAGCCAGAGCCGCUCGCCGAGCCGGCCGAGUCGGCCGAGUCAAAGCCCAGUGGCGAGCCGAGCACAAUGAAGACAAUGAUCGCCCAGGCCGAGUCGGUGGCCAAGUCCCUGAAGGAGGUGGCCAGCUCGCCGUUCAAGGAUGAAUCUCAGGAUCUGGUGCCGGUAGCGAAGCUGGUGGACAAUGCCACCAGCAACCAGGUGUCGUUCAACAGCUACUUCCGGCCCAGCGACGUGGCCAACCAUAUGGAGCAGAGCGACGAGGAGGGCCUCGUCGCCUCCGGCAGCGCCAGCGAGAGCAACAACUCCGGCACCGAGGACGUCACCAGCAGCAGCAGCUGCAGUGAGCCGAAGAAGAAGUCCGCCUACAGCCUGGCGCCCAAUCGCGUCAGCUGCCCGUACUGCCAGCGCAUGUUCCCCUGGAGCAGCUCGCUGCGCCGCCACAUUCUCACCCACACGGGCCAGAAGCCGUUCAAGUGCUCCCACUGCCCGCUGCUGUUCACCACGAAGAGCAACUGCGACCGGCACCUGCUGCGCAAGCACGGCAACGUCGAGUCCGCCAUGUCCGUCUACGUGCCCACCGAGGACGUCAGCGAGCCGAUACCCGUGCCCAAGUCCGUCGAGGAGAUCGAGCUGGAGGAGCAGCGCCGCCGCAAGGCCGCCGAGCAGGAGCGCCAGCUGGAGCUGGAGCGCGAGCGGGAGCGCGAACGCGAACUGGAGCGGGAGCGUGAGCUGGAGCGCGAGCGCAAGCAGCAGCAGCUCAUCCAGCAGCUAACGGCGGCGGCUCAGCUCAGCCAGCAAAUGGUGGCCGCCGCUCAGGCAGCUCAGGCAGCUCAGGUCGCUGCCGCCGCAGCAGCCACCAGCAGCGGCGCCGUCGCCGAGGCCAAUGGCAGCGAGCUGCCGUACAAGUGUCACCUGUGCGAGUACUCGUUCGGCGAGCGGAUGCAGUGCCUGGAUCACAUCAAGCAGCAGCACGCCCAGGAGUUUGCGCUGCUGCUGGCCAAGGGCGCCAUCGAGACGGAGCAGGAGGUGGCAGCCACAGCAGCCACAGCCACAGCAGCAGCAGCCACAGCGAAUGCUGCCUCUGCUGCCGUCUCGGAGGACGAGUCCAGCACGGGACGCAGCUCUGGCAAAUAUCCGGACUACAGCAAUCGCAAGGUGAUCUGCGCCUUCUGCGUGCGUCGCUUCUGGUCCACGGAGGAUCUGCGCCGUCACAUGCGCACCCACUCGGGCGAGCGUCCGUUCCAGUGCGACAUCUGCUUGCGCAAGUUCACGCUCAAGCACAGCAUGCUCCGGCACAUGAAGAAGCACAGCGGACAUAGCCACAAUGGCGAGCCGGGCGCCUCCGAUUGCUCCGACGAUGAGCAAAUGGCCACGCCGCCCACAACACCAACGCCCGCGGCCAUGCCCAUGCCCAUGCCCAUGCCAAUGCCCAGCAACAACAACAACAACAACAACAACACUUGCCACAACAACAACAACAACAGCAAGAGCGUACGUCUGCCCAAGCUGCACGAGCUGCUGGACAAGGCGAACGAGUGGCGCGUCAGUCGCCUGGGCGAGCACAAGGAAAACAUUGCCGAAUCCUCAGCGCCCGCAACAGCAGCCGCUGUGGGCGUGGCCAGCGGUGAUUUCCUGGGCAAUCUGCUGGGCAUCACCGACCAGGGCAUACUCAACAAGCUGCUCAGCUCGCCCGACGAGGCGGCCAAGCUGCUGGGCGUCGAGAAGUGAAGA